AUGGGUCAGCUGCAGAGCCGCGGUUCGGUCUGGAAGGACCCCGGGGCGGCGCUUGAUCGCGUCAUCUCGCAGUCUCACGAGGAGGGGCAGUGCUUGCUCUACAAGCUGGCCAACUACAAGAAAGGCGGCGAGCUGCUCGACGCGUACCGGAUCGGCGGCGGGCGGGAGGUGGAGAAGCUGAUCCUGGACCAGUUCUCCGUCUUCAUGUACAACGAGGGCCGCGGCAAGGAGAUCACGCGCACCGAGUACCUCAAGUGGAAGCUGCGGGGCAAAACACGCGACGAGAAGAGUCGCUUCGACCCGCUCAACUUCUGGCAGGACCACGAGGCCUGCUGGCAGAUGCAGUAUCGCGGCAACCUCGGCGAGACGCUGCUGCACAUGCUCAUCAUCUGCAACACGCGCGCCCACUCCCGCAUCGCCAAAAUACUGCUCAAGUGCUUCCCCAAACUGGCUGUAGACGUCGUAGAGGGCCCAGAGUACCUAGGUGCCAGUGCCCUGCAUUUAGCAAUAGCGUAUAAUAACAAUGAAGUGGCGACGCAAUUGAUAGAGGCCAACGCAAAGGUAGAUCAACGUGCCAUAGGCAGCUUCUUCCUGCCGCGGGACCAGCAGCGGGAGGUGCCGCGCACGCAGACCGACUACGAGGGCCUGGCGUACAUGGGCGAGACGCUGCUCAACUGGGCGGCCUGCUGCAACAACGAGACCUGCUACAACCUGCUGCUGGACCGCGACGCCGACCCGAACGCCCAGGACUCGUUCGGCAACAUGGUGCUGCACAUGAUCGUCGUCUGCGACAAGCAGGAGAUGUUUGGCUACGCGCUGCGCCACCCCAAACGGCCGGCCAAAAACGGCGUGCUGAACCGGGUCGGCCUCACCCCGCUGACGCUGGCCUGCCGCCUCGCCCGCUCCGAGAUCUUCCGAGAGAUGCUCGAGCUCACCUGCAUCGAAUUCUGGCGCUACUCUAACAUCACCUGCUCGGCCUACCCGCUCAACGCGCUCGACACCAUCGGACCAGACGGCAAGACCAACUGGAACUCGGCGCUUAUGAUGAUCCUUAACGGCAAGAAAGACGAGCACCUGGACAUGCUUGAGGGUGGCAUCAUCCAGCGCCUCCUGGAGGAGAAGUGGCAGUGCUUCGCCCGGGCCGAAUUCCUGCGUAAGCUGAUGAUCAUGAUGAUGCACCUGCUGUCCAUCUCGCUGGCGAUGUACCUACGGCCGGAGUAUGGCCAGACGCUGACCGGUACCACGUCCAAAGACAUCGCCCGCUACUGCUUCGAGGCCACCACGCUGCUGGGCUGCAUGUACUAUUUGGUGUUGCAGUCGGGCAGCGAGAUCAAGAACCAGGGUCUCGUGCCCUUCAUCAUACAGCUGUUCCACGACCCGAUCCAGCUGGCGUUCAACAUCUCCAACCUGGCGCUGGUGGGCUGCGUGCCGCUGCGCGUGUUCGAGCUGCGCGCCGUCGAGGAGCUCGUGCUGACCGUGGCCGUGCCCGGGUCCUGGUUUCAUCUCAUGUUCUUCGCUGGGGCAAUUCAGCUGACUGGCCCGUUCGUCACGAUGGUCUUCAAGAUAAUCACCAACGACAUGGUCACCUUCUUCAUCAUCUACUCCAUAUUCCUGCUGGCCUUCACCCAGGCGUUCUUCUUUCUGUACCGCGGCACGCCCAACCGUGCCACGUCCAAGUUCACCACCUACAUCGACACGUGGAUGGGUCUUUUUCACAUGACACUCGGCGACUAUGAUUUCGGAGAGCUUUCGAGGAGCGCCUACGCCCCGCUGACGCUCAUCACGUUCGUCUUGUUCAUGGUGUUGGUGCCGAUCCUGCUGCUCAACAUGCUGAUCGCCAUGAUGGGGAACACUUACGCCACCGUGGUGCAGCAGAGCGAGAAGGAGUGGGUCAAACAGUGGGCCAACAUCGUCAUCACGCUGGAGCGUGGCGUCGGCAGCGACAAGUGCAAGUCCAACCUGGAGGCGUACUCGCUGCCGCUGCCGGGCGGGGACGACCGACGCGGCGUCGUCGUCAUCAAGUCCAAGUCGAAAACGCGCGCUCGCCAACGCAAGGGCGCGCUCACCAACUGGAAGAGGGUCGGACGCGUCACUCUGAAGGCGUUGAAGCGGCGGCGGAUCACAGGCGAUGCGCUGCGCAAGGAGAUGUGGGGGCUCGAGUCCGUCCACACCACGCCCAUCAAAAGCGCCAAGGGUCGCAAGGCCGGGCCGUCGGCGCGGUCCGGAGUCACCUCCAGCGAUGCCAACGUGCUGCGCGCGCUGACCGCCCACGACAUGUGGCUGAAGCCUGUUUAA